UAAUGUAUUUGUUAACUUUGCAAGAUUUGGAAAAUAAAAAUUAAUAAAAAGAAAGUAAUAAAUGAGAAUAAAAUGCAUUUGAUUUAUUUCAAUGAAACGAAAUAUUUCGUAUAAAGAUAAAUAUGAAGAUAAUGUAAAACUUAAGUAUAUAUCAUUUUUCUGUGUGUUCAGAUAAAAAGGUCGUUGUCAUAAGGUCUUUUUAUAUAAGUAUAAAGUUUUAUAAUAUAAAAUAAAUUUAAUAUGCGUUUAGUAAUCUGUGAUACAGUGGAUUAUGUAGCAGAAUGGUCUGCUAAAUAUGUUUUAAAAAGAAUUAAUGAUUUUCAACCAAAUGAAAAUAAAUAUUUUAUUCUUGGUCUCCCAACAGGUGGUACACCUUUGGGAAUGUAUAGAAAACUUAUAGAAUAUUAUAAAGCAGGAAAAAUUUCCUUCAAGUAUGUAAAAACUUUUAAUAUGGAUGAAUAUGUUGAUUUACCCAGAGACCAUCCAGAAUCUUAUCAUUAUUAUAUGUAUAAUAAUUUCUUUAAGCACAUAGAUAUAGAUCCACAAAAUGUGCAUAUUCUUGAUGGUAAUGCACCUGAUCUUAUAAAGGAAUGUGAUGAUUUUGAAAACAAAAUUAAAGAAGCUGGUGGUAUUGAAUUAUUUAUUGGUGGUAUUGGUCCAGAUGGUCACAUAGCUUUCAAUGAACCAGGUUCUUCUUUAGCAUCACGUACAAGAGUAAAGACAUUGGCGCAAGAUACAUUAGAAGCUAAUGCAAGAUUUUUUGGAAAUGAUAUUUCCAAAGUGCCAAAUCAAGCAUUGACUGUUGGUGUUGGCACAGUGAUGGAUGCUAAAGAAGUAAUGAUUCUUAUUACAGGUUCUCAUAAAGCAUUUGCUCUUUAUAAGGCAAUAGAAGAAGGUAUUAAUCAUAUGUGGACUGUAUCAGCUUUUCAACAACAUCCACGUACAAUAAUUGUUUGUGAUGAGGAUGCAACUUUAGAAUUACGUGUGAAGACAGUAAAAUAUUUUAAGGGUCUCAGUACUAUACAUCAAAAAUUGAUUGAGGAAGAUGGAAAUACGAUUCUUCGUCGUUCAGUACAAUAAAAAGAAAUGAGAAAGUACGCGGAUGUAUGUUUUUAAAGUACGUUUGAAUCCUCUUUUAAAAUCGAGGACAAACCGACGAUAAUAAGUGGGAGAAACGAUUGCGAGCAGAAACGAUCAUUAUCACGAUGAAGAAAGAUG